GCAGUCAUCUACCUCUUGAAACCUAGCAUCAGAGAGAAAAAGAAACAAACAGAUAAUAUGUGCGGCGGUGCUGUAAUUUCCGAUUUUGCCCCUAGCGUCACCAGGGCCAAGAGUAGGAAACUCACGGCGGAGGAACUCUGGUCAGAGCUUGAUGCUUCUGCCUGCGACGAUUUUUGGGGUUUUGACUCCACCUUCAAGCUUCUUCCCACCAAACAACAAGUGACGUUGAAAGAAGAGGCGGCGGACAAGGAGAAGGAGCCGGCGGCGACGGAGAAACGGAAGGAGAGGAAGAACGUUUACAGAGGGAUACGUAAGCGUCCAUGGGGAAAAUGGGCGUCAGAGAUUCGAGACCCAGAGAAAGGCGCUAGAGUCUGGCUUGGUACGUUCAACACGGCGGAGGAAGCCGCCAUGGCUUAUGACGUAGCGGCGAAGCGUAUCCGCGGCGACAAAGCCAAACUCAACUUCCCUGAUCUUCUUCAUAACCCUCCUCCUGCCAUCCCUACUCUUCCACGACAAGAUAAUCAGCCUCCGGUGAAGAAGCUAUGUGUUUCUUCUCAGAGCGAGUUGACUCAGUCCAGUUUCCCGGGGGAGUGCAUUGGGUUCGGGAAUGGAGACGAGUUUCGGAACAUGAGUUACGGCUACGAUCUGAAACAGCAGAUAUCGAGCUUGGAGUCUUUCCUUGAGCUGGACGGUAUUACACCGGAGCAUCCGAGUCAGCUCCACGAGACCGGGUCCGAGGUUGAUUUAUGGAUGCUUCAUGAUGUCAUCGCGUCUUAUGAAUAAAAAGUUUAAAACAUAAUGUAAUGAGUGAAAAUUUGACCUAAAGAAGAGUAAUGAGUGUAAGAAAAAUAAAGUCUAGUAAGCCUUUUUUCAAAAAAAAAAAAAAAAAAAAUUGUAAUAUAAACCGCCGUUACUUUUUAAGGUUUUACCAUUGCAUGGAACUGCUGUGGUUUGUAAUGUGUGUGUGGGACGUUGGUGUGACUCAAAUCGAGCGUUAUGUUAAAGUUU